GACAAUUAGAGGUUAUUCACCUCUCUGCUGCACCAAUAAUCACUCGAUAAAUAACAUCAGUGGACGUAUCAACAGAUAUUAUCACAGGUCUAUUGUUAAUGAACAAUCAUUUCAAGUAACACCAACAAAUACUGUGGAAUCAUGGUAUACAAUUUGAAAAGAUAUCAGAUGAUACUUUGGACACUUUAACUGAGUAUUUUGAGGAAAUUAUUGACAAUGCUGAACAUCUUCCUGACGCUGACGUUAAUUACGGAGAUGGAGUGUUAACGAUUAAAUUUGGAGACAAAGUGGGAACUUACGUGAUAAAUCGUCAAACACCGAAUAAACAAAUCUGGUUGUCAUCGCCUAAAUCAGGACCAAAACGAUAAUUAUGGAUGAGAUCAUGGAAGAUGGAAACUUGGUGGAUAGAGUUAGAAUUUUACUGCAAAGAGAUAUGCAGUAUUAUCAGGCGAAGCAAACAGUUCUUCGUGAAUCAUUAUGUGGAAGGGUAAGCGGUGGAAAACUAGAUUUUCCACGUCAUGCAUCGUUUGCGGCGAUAAAAAUCAUUAAAUGGUGGGAGGCAGAAUUUUUAAUUGCAUUCAGAUAUCCCUCAGGACUUUGCGUAUCUACUGAGCCAAUAUCGAUGAGUAUCGAGGGUGAGGAGGUCAUUAAAAAAACACCACCCUCUGAAUUUAUCCACCUUGUGGUCGACACGUCACAAUUAUUCAUUGAACAUUUACAUGCGUUAAUUCAAGAAUCCCUUGAUCAUGCUGACCUCGCGGUACUUACGGCCACUCUUGGUGCCGCUGCACUCGUGAGAAAUUCCCUCUGGUGUUACAAUCAACAGUCGAAAACUAAAAUUCCGGGACAAUUGAGUGAAAAGCUGUAUGAAUUUUAUAAAUCAUAUCAGGAAAUGGCUGAGGCAGUGGGUGAACGUCUUCUCGAUCUUCACCGUCGUUUAAUAUCUCUCUAUAUUCUGAAUGAAGCCGAUUCACUGAGUUGGCAGAGUGAGAAAUACUUCUUUGAGAAAGAGAGAUCGUCAUUCAUUAUUCAGAUGUGGUGGCUAUAUAUGCAGGGAACAAAGGCCGACCUCUGGAGCACAGUGUCGCCGAAAAUGGCACAAAGAAUUUUCGCUGGAAUGCUCAACGAGUCACUUACCAUUAUAGUCGCCCGAUUUAUUCAUGGUCGACCAAGUCUCUUGAGAUCCGAGCAAUUCUGGGCGGAUGCUUUCAACGUUUUGAGUUGCACUUCGUAUUUGUCAUUGUCAGCAUGCGACGACGGUGACGAGCUCAUUGCCACACGCACUAAUAAAUUAUCAAUCGUUAUGAGAGAUAUACACGCUAAAUGCGGUGAACUCCUUGUUUGUCUUCUUCUACGUGGAACACCACUCAAGCUACUUUAUCAAAUUUGUAGAAAUGGAUUAGAUAAAAUGGCAAUGGUGGAAAAACGCAGUGGACCCUCUCCCUGGUUGCUCAUUGCAGCUCCCAAACUCUUCGGCAACUCCACCUUUAAAGAGGGAGUCUGUCAACUGUCUGAGGAUCAAAAACUUAUUCUUCAAGUUAACGUUCUGAGAUCACAGCCCCAACCCAAUUGGACUCAACUCCUCAAAGUUUUAUCCAUGAGAAAUUGCACCGUUGCAAGAAUGCUCUUAACAACAUUAAUUCGUCAAUGCACCGAUACGAGGGAAAUUGAUGAUUUAAAGAGGAAAUCAGUAAAGGACAGUUCAUCGAAGUGUAGUGGAUUUCUCUGUGCUGGUGACCACAAAAAUACCUCCAAUUUCCCAGCAAAAAUGUGCCUGUACAGUCUCAUGUACGUGUCAGUUAACACCCCGAUGAAUCCAAUCGAUGUAAUAAUACCCAGUCUGAAGCACGACGUCAACUGGUCCAAUUAUCUCGACCGACAACAGGUUUGGAAUCAAUCGAGACCCCCGUGGCUUAAUGCAUUACUUGCACCGCUCAGAGAUAUUAUGGAACCAGUUGUGGAAACACUUUUGGAGGCUGUAAAGACUGGAGCGAGUAUUUAUCAAGCAAUGUCGCUAUCACUCGCCUGUAUAACAGAACUCUUCGUAUGUGCCCCGAUCGGCAUUUUGAGAGCAGCAAAUGCUAUGAACCAGAGUAUUCCAGCGCAUUGCCAUCCCAUUGGCGGCUCUGUAAUUGUGCAAAUAUUCUGCGCUGCAUUAUACUCAUCGCUCUUUGAAAUUUCCCUUCGGGCUUCCGAACAACCAGACAAAGUCGAUAUCCAGGAGACGCCGAGAAGUGUCUCGGAAUCAUUCUCGUUCGAUCCUUGUGACAGGUGUGCGUCAGCCACUGCUUUGGCGGAGGCACUCUGCAGCAUCGACGAGGAUAAUAAACAUACCGACCAGAUUCAGGCGCUUUUAUCACUCAUUCAUAAAUGGAUUGAAAAGAAAGAUCCGAGUCCUAGACUGAAAAAAUUGGACAGAGUUUUUUCAUGGAAAGAAACUUAUGUUGAUCAACUAUUGUUUACGGAGAUUGGACGUCGAUCUUUAAAGGUGGUGCAUGAAUACCUCUUGAGGGCCUCGGAUUGGGUGUUGAAAAACCUGAAGGAGGGAAGCGAUGUAUUGACCGACUUUACGGACUCGAGUGAUGUAUUCAAUUCGUCCAAACCCCUUACUUAUCUCAUGUUCCACAUCGACGAUACCCCUUUUGAUCAGUUUCUGACGAAUUUCAAUGAAACAAAUUGGCACGCAAUCUUGAUGAUGCCAUUAUCAGUGACACUAGAACGAGUUAAGAGCCAAAUUAUUAUCAGACCUGAAUUAAAAAAUCCAGAAAAUUUGUCCCACGCGGAGAAGGAAGUGGCGUUGGCUAUAAAAAAUCUCUGCAUCAAUAUAAAAUCACCAAAAACAAAUGAAUAAAUUCACCGAUAAAUAAAUAAUGAAUACAAUUACUUUUGGCACAUUCAUUGAAAAAAAAAAAACAACAAUAUUUCCAGUAGACUUUUGACCGAAUGGUCUCACUUUAUAUAUAAAAUAGAACAGUAUUGAUUGCGGAUACAAGUCAAUGAUUUUUUUAAAAG